UGGUCAAAAAUUCAAAAUUUAAUUUGAAUGUCAACAAAUGAAAAUAUUUCAAAUGUGAAUUUCCACUGAAAAUGAAUUUAAUAUUUAAUAGCAUAAUGCCUUAUCUUUCAAUGAUUUAAAAAUGCCUAAACUACAAUUAACAUUGGCUAUCAUAAAGCCGCACACAGUCAAGAACCCGGUCGCUCUUUCAUACAUAAGAAAUGUUAUUAAGAAUAAUUUUGUCGUUAUUAAAACGAAAAGAAUGAUUUUAGACACUGAAGCAGCGGGGAACUUUUACAAGGAACACAUUGAGAAGUUUUUUUACAAUCGUUUAGUUACAUUUAUGGCAAGUGGCAGCAUAGAUCUACACAUAAUGGGACAUACACAAGCCGUGGAGGUGUGGCGACAGAUGCUAGGACCCACUAAAGUUUACAGGGCGCAAUUCCAAGAGCCAUACAGUUUGAGAGGCAUGUUUGGUAUUUCUGAUACGAGGAAUGUCGCUCAUGGCUCAGAUUCCCAAUCAUCAGCAGAAAGAGAGAUAAAAUUUUUUUUCCCCGAGUUUUCCUUCUAUAACUGGCACACCAACGAUGAGAUCAGAUACAGAAAAGGCCCCAUCGUAUUCAACAAUCAUCUGUUCCAACACGUCAGAAAAUUGUAGUCACUACUGUUCAUGAGAUACAGCCUACCGAUAGACAGACGGACGGACAGUGCAGGCUUAAUAAUUCAGGGUCCCGUUGGCGCCCUUCGUGUAUGGAACCCUAAAAAUGACGCUGCGCCUCCACUACUUCACUGUGACUAGUGUGUAUGUGUGCGUUACGCCUAUCGUUUCCUUUUGUCAUAGUUGUUAAUAUUAUAGUUAGUACAAUUUUAUUAAGAGUUAUUGAAUAAAUGAAUAUUAAGUUA